AUGCCUUCUCUCCUUCCUAUACCUCCUCUUUCUCCUCUGCCCCUCUCGCUCUCCUUCUUUAUCUCUCUCCUCUUUCUCUUGUUCCUCCUUUUCCAUCUCUCCCACUGCUCCUUAGUCUCUCUCCUCUCCCUCCUCUUCUUCCUCUCUCAUCCAUCUCAUCGUCCUCUCCUUCCUUUUCCCCUUUCGCUCUCCUCUCCCUCCUCUACCCCCUCUCCCUUCUUGCUUCCUAUCCCUCCUCUUCCUCCUCUUCCCCCUCUCCCACCUGCACACCUGAAGGAACUCCUUGUCCUCACUCCCUCCUCACUCUCUCCUCACUCUCUCCUCACUCUCUCCUCACUCUCUCCUCACUCUCUCCUCACUCUCUCCUCACUCUCUCCUCACUCUCUCCUCACUCUCUCCUCACUCCCUCCUCACUCUCUCCUCACUCUCUCCUCACUCCCUCCUCACUCUCUCCUCACUCUCUCCUCACUCCCUCCUCACUCCCUCCUCACUCCCUCCUCACUCUCUCCUCACUCUCUCCUCACUCCCUCAUCACUCUCUCCUCACUCCCUCCUCACUCCCUCAUCACUCUCUCCUCACUCCCUCCUCACUCCCUCCUCACUCUCUCCUCACUCUCUCCUCACUCUCUCCUCACUCUCUCCUCACUCUCUCCUCACUCUCUCCUCACUCCCUCCUCACUCUCUCCUCACUCUCACCUCACUCUCUCCUCACUCUCUCCUCACUCUCUCCUCACUCUCUCCUCACUCCCUCCUCACUCCCUCCUCACUCUCUCCUCACUCUCUCCUCACUCUCUCCUCACUCUCUCCUCACUCCCUCCUCACUCCCCACUCUCUCCUCACUCUCUCCUCACUCCCUCCUCACUCUCUCCUCCUCACAGUUCCACCGAGCAUAUUAGCAGCAGAGGCUAAUCUCCCACCAGUGUCACUUCCCUCUGCCGGCUCUGUCCCGCUGCGAGCCGACUGCUUUGUUUAA